AUGGUCAAGCUUGACAUGAGCGGAGAGCAGCUGAAGGGCUUGACGGAGAUCUACUCCAUGGAAGCGCUGGAAAUGGUGCGAGAUCACCUCUUCAACAUCAUCGACGUGCAGGCUCCCGAUCGGGGCGCAAAUGCUCCGGCGCUGCGAAUCUCGCUCUACCAGGCAAGCCAAGUGUAUGCCAUGUCUGCAUUGUUCGGCUACUUCUUGCGGCAAGCCGACAUUCGCUAUCAGCUCGACAAGCUGGUGUCCUUGGGAUCCAAAGAUGUUCCCCCGGAAGUGAGCCAGCAUGAAGGCCGCAAGAAGCACCGGCGGCCCGUUCCGAGGUGGAUGGAGCUCCAGUGGGUGCAGAGCGAGACGCAAUCGGAUGUCUCCUUGAAGGACUACAUCGAGCGCUUCGGCCCCGCCGAGCUCCGCCAGAUCAGGACCGUCGCCUCUGCAGAAGCGCGGUACACACUGGAAAUCCAGAUUGGAGCGCUGUUCGGCAAUCUUCGUGAUCUGAAGAGUCGACUCAUGAAAGCCAUCGAG